GUUUAUUCCAGAGCUACUGAGUAUGUGAACUCCUGUCGUCAUUAUGGCUGAAGCUGGUGACUGGGGAGGUGAUUCAGUGGCCUCUACAUCAAAGAAACAAAAAGAUGUUCAACAGAAACACAAGGAGACUCUGCGAGCACAGACUGAAACACUCAGCGUGAACACCAUCCUCCUGAAUGAGAAGGUUAAGGAUUUCCUGCUGCUUGAUCGAUACGCUGAGCUCACAAUCAUCUCCACUGUUCGUGAUCGGACACUGGUGGAACAUGAGCUGCUGGCAAGAGGCCGGGACCAUGAAGAGUGGAGAGAUCAAUGUCUCCGGGGAGAACUGGAAAAAAUCAGGACUGAUCAAUUGUUCCACAGAAGCUUUUCCCGGAGUAAAUCCGGAUCUGGGAGUUCAGCGUCAGUGGCUGGAUUCCCGGGGAUCGGAAAAACAACAAUGGUGCAAAAGAUUGUUCAUGACUGGGCCACGGGGAAAAUAUACCCACACUUCCAGUUUGUCUUCAGUUUCAAAUUCCGGGAUUUGAACAAGAUUAAAGACAGAAUAACCUUGAGGGAACUGAUUCUGGAGCAAUAUCCUUAUUUAGGGAAUAUCCUGGGAGAGAUCUGGAAGAACCCAGAGGGAUUACUGUUUAUAUUCGACGGUCUGGAUGAAUUCAAGGGCAGAAUCGAUUUUGCUGACAGUCGGAGAGACACCGAACCUAAGCACCAGUGCCCAGAUCCCGAGCAGUUGUGCUGGGAAACAACAACCUGGGAGAUUCUGGAGUGA